AUGGCCCAAGCCCAGCAAAUUAUCCUGACGCUUGAGCAAGGACGUCGCCUUAGAACUGCGUUGCUGAACAUUAUCCAGGUCCUGGACGAGGCGUUGGAGCAAGAACCGGUGAACGUUGAGCGCGCCGAAGAAGAUCCGAGAGACGAGAGCGGAGAGGGUUCUGAUGGGGGAGAAGAUGGAGCUGCCGGCGCCGAUCAGCGAGUAUUUGGCCCGUUGCAUGUGGAAGUAGAUCUACAAGCCACUGGAGACGUCGAUAUGCCCACCAAGCCGGUCCCAUCUGCAUCAUCCUCGCCAAGUUUCCACGUCACCGCGCUGGCCGCUCGCUUCUGCCUGCCCCGUUUCACCGACAUUGACUAUGAUGUCUUCACGGACGCUGCUACUUAUGUAGAUGCCGGCGAGUCUGCCUUCAAACGCGCCACUUACAGGGACACCCCGGUCCUCGCGUGGAUUUUGGUCCCGGACGUCUAUUGGGGGAACUUUGGCAAAUACCUGUUCUGUUGUGCGGAUAUUCUCGUGGCGUGGCUGAUUUUGCCGAUCGAUCACAUCCUGUCGCGCGGGCGGAACGAGAGCAUCAUCUCCUAUGUGGUCGUCUUCUGGCUGGCCAACCCGCUCACCGCCUUCAUUUCGGCACGUGGCUGUUCGGAUUCGUUGGUCUGCGCAGCUGUGCUAUUCGUCUUGUAUCUAAUAGGUAAAGGAAAGUGUUUCUAUGCAUCCUUGGCGCACGGAGCUCUGGCCAGCCACCGCAAGCUGUAUCCCGUCAUCUACCUCGAUUCCGUGCUCAUGCUCAUCAUUUCUGAAGGUGAAGACGUUCGCGAGAUGUGGACCAAUUGUUCAGUCUUCGGUUUCGUCCGCCGUUUCUUGAACCUGCGAGCUGUCGGUUAUGCACUGACUGCCAUCGGCUCAUUUGCCUUGAUCGUCUUCGGGCUCUACCAAAUCUACGGGCAAGAAUUUCUGGAAGAGUGGCUGCUCUACCACAUCGGACGCCGAGACAUCAAGCACAACUUCUCGCCGUGGUUCUAUCUCCUUUACGUGGCUCAGCAAUCCCCUGUCUCAGUCUACAUUGGAUACCUCCCAUUCUUUAUCCAAAUCGCCUCGAUUUUCCACGCCGCCGAAACGCUUUACUUUGACCUGCCGAUGUGUUGGUUCAUGAGUACUAUGCUGUUCGUGGCCGUCAACAAGGUCUCUACUAGCCAAUACUUUAUCGGGUAUUUGGUCUUCCUGCCAUUCGUCGCGUCGCGGGUCGAUACGUCGCUUAUCCUGAUCGCCUUGUGGUUGUCCGCUCAGGCAGCUUGGCUCGGGCUUGCAUAUCUCUACGAACUCAAGUGUUAUGCCACGCUGUUCUACGUCUGGAUGGCAAGCUUAUGGUUCUUCUUCGUCAACAGCUACCGGAGGAAUCGUUUCCGGGAAUGCCGCGCCAGGGUCAGUGCACAUCGUGAAGAGCUGCUUCGUAAAGCCGUCAGUCGCAUGUUUCCGAUUGGCAAGAAGGUGCCGAUGCAGCCC